GUGGCGGGGACGGCGGCGACAUCGACGCCGAGCGCGGCGCCUUCUCCGGCAAGCUGCCGCGGUUCUGCCUGAACUUUGCACAGGUCCAGAUCUUCGUGGAGGCAUUCAGUUGCAUCUUCAAGAACGGGGACACGGAUUUCUUCUACACCCUGCGCUUGCUGGAGGCCAUCCUGGAGUCCACCCCGAGCGCCCUGGUCCAGCUGUACGCGCUGAUGGUGUGGGCGGGCACCGACGGGGCCCCAGAGGGCGCCGCAUGGCUGCUGCGGCUGUCCGUGCUGGCGUCCACGGUCUCCGUUAGCAUCGGGCUGGCGAUGUGGGAGCAGAAGGUGCAGUUCCGCAUCUCCUCGAGCUACAUCGUCGGC